GAGUGCUGUGCACGGCCGAGACCUUCAUGUCCAACACAGAAAGAGUCUGUAUUGCAUGAACUGGCUUGCUUGAAAUGGAAUGAAGCUGAAUGCAGAGAACAAACUGAGACUUCAGUUUUGGAGGCUGGAUUUGCAAAGGAAAAAGAUCCCUGUACGUGAGUGAUCUAUGAAAUGGCAGAGAAUGGAACAGACUGUGACCAGAGACGCAUAGGAAUGAGCAAAGAACAGCACAAUGGGAGCUUCACAGAUUCCUCUUUGUUGAGUGAACGGAAGCGAAGGGACCGAGAAGAGAGGUUGAAUAUUGUCCUCUGGAGGCAACCACUUGUUACCUUGCAGUAUUUUUUCCUGGAAACUCUAAUAAACUUGAAGGAAUGGACCAUAAAAUUGUGGCAUCGGCGAAGUAUCCUGGUGUCUUUUUUACUGAUGCUUGCAGUGCUUACAGCUACGUAUUAUGUUGAAGGAAGACAUCAACAGUAUGUGCGGUACAUGGAGAAGAAGUUCUUCUGGUGUGCCUACUGGGUGGGAUUGGGCAUCCUGUCCUCUGUCGGUCUUGGAACAGGUCUUCACACCUUUCUGCUCUAUUUGGGUCCACACAUAGCAUCAGUUACUCUUGCUGCCUAUGAAUGUAACUCAGUUAAUUUUCCUGAGCCUCCGUACCCGGAUCAGAUCAUCUGCCCUGACGAGGAGCUGGGCGGCGGAUCCAUCUCCCUGUGGGCGAUCAUCUCAAAAGUCAGGCUGGAGGCCUGCAUGUGGGGUGCUGGCACAGCCAUCGGAGAGUUGCCUCCGUAUUUCAUGGCAAGGGCAGCCCGGCUCUCUGGUGCUGAACCUGAUGAUGAAGAGUACCAGGAAUUUGAGGAGAUGCUGGAACAUGCAGAGACUGCACAAGAUUUUGCUUCCCGGGCUAAGCUGGCUGUCCAGAACCUGGUACAGAAAGUUGGGUUCUUCGGCAUUUUGGCCUGCGCCUCCAUUCCCAACCCUCUGUUUGACCUGGCUGGGAUAACAUGUGGACACUUUCUGGUUCCCUUCUGGACCUUCUUCGGGGCCACUCUGAUUGGGAAAGCAGUAAUUAAAAUGCACAUCCAGAAACUUUUUGUUAUUAUAACAUUCAGCAAACAUAUAGUGGAGCAGAUGGUGUCCCUCAUUGGUGCUAUUCCAAGUAUAGGUCCUUCUCUUCAGAAGCCAUUUCAAGAAUAUUUGGAAGCUCAGAGGAUAAAACUCCACCACAAACACGACGCCGGUGUGCCGCAGGGUGAAAACUGGCUGUCAUGGAUGUUUGAAAAAUUGGUGAUUGUCAUGGUUUGUUAUUUUAUCUUAUCCAUAAUCAACUCCAUGGCCCAAAGCUAUGCCAAAAGGCUGCAACAGAAGAUGUACUCCGAAGAGAAAACCAAAUGAGCUUGGAAAAAGGACUGGGAAUGGGCUUUAGCAGACACAAAAAGUGACGCUUCUUUCCAUACGUUUAAAAUUCAGCAUUAUUCAAAAUGGGGGAAAACUUUUUAACAUCAACUUUGAACUAAGGCAGGUUUUUAUUUUAUUUUGAAAAUAAUCUGGCUAUUAGAACAGACGUUUCACUGACAAACUUAUUGGUGUUAAGGUAAGGUAUGAAGGCUUUAUACGUCUGAGCUGUAUCAUAUGGCACGGACAAGGUGAUGUUAAAUUGUGCUUAACACAGAUGUUGUCCAUCCGAAUUUACUUCCAAAACCAAUGGUUUAGUAUUUCCUGAUUUCAUUUCAGACUGACCUAAGGGUAACCUUUAUUUUGAAGGGCGGCUCUUUUGCUUUUUUACCUUAACUUUCAAGACCAUCAAGAUGUAUAUAAAUGAAUACAAAUUGGAUAAAAACUGUUGCAUGUCCCUCGUGGUAAGGUUAUUCCAUUUGAAUUCUCCGGUGUCCCAUUGCAUUGCACGUGCUCUCGGUUGGAAAAGCCGCCCUUUAAUCGUCACGAUGUUAGCAGAGAUGAUUGAUGUCAAAAUGCUGAAGCUGACAUUUUUUUAUUCUGUAUAUUUAGAAUGAAGUUAAGAUAAAACUUUAUAAAGUCAUCUUUGAUCAUUCCAGAA